CUUUACUCGUCGAUCAUUGCGCUUAAAACGCACCCUUCUUUCUCUCUCUUUCUCUUUUACUCCACUCCACUCCACUCCACUCUACUCAACCCAACUCGCCUUCUCCACACAAGAAUAACAAGAACAGCAAGAACAGCCGAGGACAACCAAGGACAAUCAAACAGGACAGACAAGUCAAGACAGCUUCUCUCUCAGUGGCAACAAACCCAUAUCAACAGCAAUGUCUAUCAACAGGAGCAAUGUCGGUCUGGUGGUUGGCAUGUUGGUCGCCGGAACUGCCAACACGGUCAUUUCAAAGUACCAGGACAAGGCCUGUGUCAAGAACUGCGACAAUCCGGACCUCAGCACCCAUGAGCACUUCGAGCAGCCCAUCUGGCAGACCCUCAACAUGUUUGUCGGCGAGACCCUCUGUCUGGUCGCUGCCUCGAUCUUUGCCUACAUCGCAGAAAGAUACGGCCGUGCCAAGUGGGCCGACCUGUUCCUGGAGGAGGAGGAGGAGGUUCCCGUCGUAGUCGAGUCCGAUGGUCUCAUCGUCGCUCCUGCGACCGUUGGUCAUGGCCACGCUGCUGGCUCCAAGAAGAGGAAGCUCGAGGGCUUCUAUGUCCUCCUGCUCUGGUUGCCCACCCUCUGUGACAUGACCGCAAGCACGCUAAUGAAUGUCGGAUUGAUUUACUGCGCUGCGUCUGUCUACCAAAUGUUGCGAGGAGCAUUGGUCAUCUUCACUGGAAUUCUCUCGGUCAUCUUCUUGGGCAGGCGUCUCCGUGCAUUCGAGUGGUUCGCGCUGUUCACGAUCGUCAUGGGUAUCGCUACUGUGGGCCUGGCCUCGGUCAUCUCGCAGAAUGGCAAAUCAGUCGUCGAUGAUGAGCCCGACUCGGACAAGAGCGUCGAGGCUGCUAAGGCCAUCCUCGGCAUCUACCUCGUUCUCUUUGCCCAGAUCUUUACUGCGGCACAAUUUGUGAUUGAGGAGAAGUUUUUGUCUGGAUUCCAUGUCGCACCUCUUCGUGCUGUCGGCUUCGAGGGCCUCUUUGGCACGAUCUCUGUCUUGGUGGCGAUGCCCAUCCUUCACUUUACGCUUGGAGCCGGCAACCCCGGCUCGAUGUUUGACCUUAAUGCUGGAUGGGAACAGAUCAAGACGUAUCCCCAGAUUUGGAUCCCAGCGAUCAUUAUGUUGUUCAGUAUCUCGUCGUUCAACUUUUUCGGCAUCUCUGUCACGAAGACCAUCUGUGCAACAUCCCGCUCAACUAUCGAUUCCUGCAGGACUAUGUUCAUCUGGGCCAUCUCGCUUUAUCUCGGAUGGGAAAAGUUCAUCCCUCUGCAAGUUCUCGGUUUUGCUAUGCUGGUCUAUGGAACCUUUGUCUUCAACGGAGUCAUCGAGCCCCAUGUGUGCGCUCCUCCCAAGGCCCUUCAUGAGGGUGAAAACCGACCUCUUUUGGACCCUAAUGCCUAGAGUCUUGCGACCACUCCAAUACGCCGUAAAUGCAAGGGGCUGUUCUUUGACUUCUCUUUCGUAACAUUGCUGUAUUAUCUGUAAUUAUUGUCAUCGUUCUUCCGCAUUUGUUUUCCUGUAUAUCUCUUGAAUCCUUCGAAUACCGAAACGCGACAUAAACAUAAAUAAAAGAAACAAACCGAUGAAAA